GAGUUGAUAGAAACGACCAUGAUGAAGGGUUAAAUAGAGAUCAUGAUGAUGAAUGUGUUGGUAAUAAUUAUGAUGUUUCGGGAGUCGAUGAAGACGACAUUAAUCCACAUACGCGAUUGACGGAAAAGGAUUUUGUCAUGGCUAUGGUCAAUAAUAAAAACGAAUUGUUUUCUUAUUUGAUUCUGCGUUUUUACGUAACUGGGCAGGCCUUGAACAUUGGAAGAUCAACAGAAAUUGGGGAGACAAGGGAUAGGAAGAAAAAAGAACCGGAUUCUAUAAAUUUUAUUGAAUCAGAGGAUAUUGAUGAGCGAAUCAUUUUUGCAUCUGGGAGAAUACCACAUGGUCACCUACUUCCCGAUGAUAUGCAUUUUUCGUCUAAGCAAUUUCUUCAAUUAUUCUUAAAACCUCAAUUUAUGCUUAACUCGAAACGCCAAUAUGAAGCACAGCCUGAGCCCGAGUCCGAUGAUGCAGCUUUACCAGACAUGACUAUCUACACUGCUGGAGAUUCUUUUUACGACGAUUAUGGUGAGGAGGACGAAUUAGAGGGCGAAUUUGGUGAUAAUUUGGUAACUCAGACAAAGAGAAAUAGACCCGAGUUUAUCAAAUACGCCAAGACAGCAAAAAGAAUCGAUGUUAAGAAAUUGAAGGAAAAUAUGUGGAAAACGUUAGCCGACAAUACGACAUUUUCGGGAGUUAUUUGUGAUCUAAAGAAAAUAUGUCCUCAAAGAAAGAUGAAAGAUAUUUCGGUACCGUUAUGUUUUGUUAGCUUAUUGCAUUUAGCAAACGAGAAAGGUCUGGAAAUUACAAAUAAUGAUCAAUUAACAGAAUUACAUAUUGUUAAAUUAUUUACUUGUUUAAAAUUUGGAAUUUCAUUGGUCGUUUAA